AUGUCAAGACGUAAUUUACUAGACACGACCAAGGAAAACGACCCUAUUGAAGAUGGAUGUGAAAAUACAGGAGAAGCACCUCGAAGUAGUGAUAUAUGCGGUAAGAAAUUUAGGGACAAAGGACAUCUCCGGGAACAAGUAGCCAUCCAUACAGAAGUCCAACAUCACAAGUGUGAUGUCUGUGGCAAGGAUUUUAACCAGAAAGGAGACUUACGGAAACACGCAAUGAUACACAUAGAACAAAAACCAUAUAGUUGUGAAAUAUGUGGAGUUGAAUCACAAAAGCAAUCUAAUGGCUCACCGUCGGACACACACAGGAAAUGUGAAAUUUGUGGGAAAGAGUUUUGCUGGCGAAGUAACUUUAGGCGACACCAGAUAACACACGACGAAGUUAAAUCGUGUAAGUGUGAUAUUUGUGGGAAGAAGUUGAGUCUUAAAGAUACGUUUUUGGCACACCUUCGGAUACACACUGGAGAAAAACCAUUCAAGUUGCGGGAAAGAGUUUAG